AUGCAUGAUGCGAAGAAUGAUCAUCUGAGGGACCUUGAAGGAGCAAAGGAGAGACUGACUCUGUGCAAAGCCGAUCUUCUAGAUUUCGAGAGUUUGCGCGAAGCCAUUAAUGGGUGUGAUGGGGUUUUCCACACCGCGUCCCCCGUGACCGAUGACCCAGAAGAAAUGGUGGAGCCUGCGGUGAACGGGACGAAGAACGUGAUAAUUGCAGCGGCAGAGGCGAAGGCUCGGCGUGUGGUGUUCACAUCGUCGAUCGGGGCGGUGACGAUGGAUCCCAAUCGGGACCCUGAGACGGUGGUCGACGAGAGCUGCUGGAGUGACCUCGAGUUCUGCAAAGCCACUAAGAACUGGUACUGCUACGGGAAGGCGGUGGCAGAGCAGGCGGCGUGGGAUGUGGCGAAGGAGAAAGGGGUGGACCUGGUGGUGGUGAAUCCGGUGCUGGUUCUCGGACCGCUCUUGCAACCCAGUCUCAAUGCCAGCAUCAUUCACAUUCUCAAGUACCUCAACGGUUCCACCAAUACCUACACCAACUCCGUCCAGGCCUACGUGCAUGUGGAGGACGUGGCGCGGGCCCAUAUUCUGGUCUACGAGACUCCCUCCGCCUCCGGCCGCUACUUAUGCGCCGAGAGUGUGCUUCAUCGGGGAGAUGUGGUGGAAAUUCUGGCAAAGUUCUUCCCGGAGUACCCCAUUCCCUUGAAGUAA